AUGGCAAUUGUAACUGAAGAACUGUCAUAUUGUGGACAAGACCCUGGAGCCGCAAAAUUUGGAAAUUUUAUUAAUUAUUACAGCUUCCACGAAGCAAAUCAAAGAAUACAAAAUCUUCACACUUCAAUGUUUCCCAAACUUACUGUUAGCGAGGAUAUUGUUUGUUUGGAUAUUGGAUGUAAUACAGGAGAACUUACUAAAGAAGUAUAUGACUACCUAAAAUAUAUUUAUCCAAAGUCUAAAAUUAAUUUCCUUGGUAUAGACAUUGACCCAGUUUUGAUACAAAGAGCUCAAGAGCAUACAAACAUCAAUAACAUUACAUUUAUAACAUUAAACAUUACAAAUAAGCAAGACCAAGACAUAGUGCAAAGAUAUCUUAAUUCCCACAAUAAAACUAAGUUUGAUAUUGUGUUUUGCUUCUCUGUAACAAUGUGGAUACAUCUAAAUAAUGGUGAUGAAAAGUUUCUGGACUUCUUAAAAUACAUUACCAAAUAUGCAAAAACAAUUAUAAUAGAACCGCAACCUUGGAAAUGUUACCGUAAUGCUCAAAGAAGAUUGAAGAAAUCUGGUAGUUACUUUCCUUUAUAUGAGUCACUUAAACUCAGGAGUAGUGUUGAGACAGUUAUAGAGAAUACUAUUACAAGUUAUGGGUUUACAAAAGUGUACGAGUCUCUUCCAUCUAAAUGGAAUCGAAAAAUUCUAAGUUUUCUUAUAAGAUAA